AUGGGCCAACCACAGAAGCAAAGAGCUCAUCAGCUCACCGACACAUAUCCCCAAGGCACUCCAAACUCCUCGAGCCCCCCAGUGAUCACUCAUAGACACCGACCGGAUCCGUCCGCCUUCCAGACCGGCUCUCCGCGUCCGGCCCCGAAACGAGUUCCUCGAGACGCGGCUCCACCCAGCGGCGGCACGGCAUCAUCCCGUCCUCAAGGACCCCGUCUACGCACCGGACCGGCUAGAAACCAAAUUCCGUCUACCCUCCGAGGAAACGGCCCUAUACCCAAGAUGAUGAAGAAGAAGAAGAGUAGUCCCAGCGGGAUCAAGAAGCCUGAAAGUGACAAGGUUAAGGGGAAAAAUAGCAGCAGGAGGAGGAGGAGGGUUGGUGGUGGUGGUGGAUCUGAUGUGGUGGCAAAGUGGCUUGAGUGUGUCCCGAGGGAGGUGAUGGCUGUGUUUGUGAACAUGCAUGAGCAAUAUGCUUCGAGCGUGAAUGACCUUAGAGCGGAGAUGAGGUUUUUGAUGGAGAGGCUGGAAGGGUUGGAGAGGGUGGGGGAGAGGUUGGAUGUGCAUGAGGGGUUGUUGGGAAGUGUGAUGGGGAGGUUGUGGAAGGGAGAGGGUGAUGAUGGUGUAGGUGUAGGUGAAGGUGAAGACGAAGUCAUGGAAGAAAGAGGUGGCGACGAAGCCGUGGCAGCGACAAGCCCUCUCAACAUGGACGUUCCCCCCACCCCCAUCGGCGAAAGACAGCCCAUACGAAGCACCGGCCUGGGGGUUGCCAGAAGAAGGAGGAGGCCCGGCACGACAGCGCCCUUGGCCCUUCGACAACAAAGCGCAGACAGGCCUGCCAAGCCGGGGUUUCCGAGGCCACGCUCGGACGAAGAGACUGCCCCUCAGCAAGGCAGUGGUGGCAGUGGGACGGGAGAUGGUAGAGCUCACAAUAACGAUGGGGAUGACGACGACGACGAUGACGAUGAUGAUGAGGGCCUCAGGAUACUUGACGGCGCACCGCGGCUUAGGGCCUUGCUUCGUCGACAACAUGGCAUUGCGUCGCCGCCGCCGCAAAUGGAGAGUCCUCCGCGGCGAGCACAUGUCGAGCCGGAUUUGGAUUCGGAUUCAGGCUCAGAUAAAGAUGUGGACGUGGAGGACGCCGAGUACAUGCCUGGUUCGCCAUCGUGUUCGUCUGAAUCUUCAUCCCUGAGCACGGCCUCGGGCGCGUCCUGGGCUCCAGAGGGCUCGGCUUCGCCUACUUCAAGGGGUGUCCGGAGGACCGAAUCCACAAAGGGAUCGCGUUCCGCAGGAAUGACGAAACAAACAGGUCAAUCAUCGUCAACACCAAAAAGGACAACAAGACCAAGGACACCCAGAGAAACAGCAGCAACAACAUCUCCGGCGUCACAACAACCACCACCGUCACGACCAACACCACCAGAAACAACAGCAGCAUCACCAUCACCAGCAGCCCCCUCCUCCAAACCCCGCUACUCAACCCCUCGCCGCACCACCCUCAAGCGCACCAACUCGGGCCCCCAGUACGCCGGCAAAUUCACCUUCCGCCGCAGGGGCCGCACCGUCCUGUCCGUCUGGAACGAGUACAAGGUCGACGGCGACGGCGGCGGCAUCGUCGGCACUGGCAAGCCGUUCCGCUGCAUCGAGAGCCUGGAAAAGGAGUACGGCACGUGUUGGCGCACGGGGAGUGUGGGCGACAUCAAGUACGCCAGCAACUACGUCGGUGUGCGCAAGAAGAUUGUCGACUUUGUGGAGGGCAUGUGCGAGCACGGAAAGAUGACGCCGGAGGAGGCGUGUGCCAAGUUAGAUGAGAGGGUGGAUGGGAGGUUGCAGGAGCUGAUCACGGUGCUGAGGAAGGGGCUGGAUCCCUUCAAGGCGAUCCCCGUGCGUGCAG